CAGAUUCUUCGAGGCGGCAUUUUCUGGAGAUUUGAACAUGAGUCAGGAGAGAAGCAGGAGCCCUCCCGGAGAGCGUCGGUUCCGCAGGGAGCGGCCAUCGUAUCGUGAUGCCCCAUAUAGACGUGAGCGACGCAGCUACAGCAAGUAGCCUUGAGCCCAGUUGCAGGUGUUUGGUUGUCUGCAAGGAGGCUAGAUGCAGAAAGUAUCAUGCAAUUCAAUGCCUACUUCUUGCAAAUCAAUGUGCUUGCAAAUAUCUUGAAAAUGGGUCUGUUUGCUCAGUUGCAAGUAGCCUUGUUGGUCUCAUCAUCCUGCUCUUGCAUAAAACUCGCCUCUUCUUCGCCCCUGGUCCUUUGCAUACACAUUAUCCACUGCUAUAGGGAUUAUCUGUGCAAUAACUGCAAGCGUCCGGGGCAUUUUGCUAGAGAUUGUCCUAAUGUAGCGGUCUGCAACAACUGUUCACUUCCAGGGCACAUCGCAGCAGAAUGCACUGCCAAGACCCUGUGCUGGAACUGCAAGGAACCUGGACAUGUUGCCAGUGAGUGCAGCAACCAACCUGUCUGCCACACCUGCAACAAGACGGGCCACCUGGCUCGUGAUUGCACAGGCUCAGGACUGGCCUCCUUCGAUGUUCGGCUUUGCAACAACUGCCACAAACCAGGUCAUAUUGCUGCCGAGUGUACCAACGACAAAGCUUGCAACAACUGCCGCAAAACUGGCCAUCUUGCUCGAGAUUGCCCGAACGAUCCUGUAUGCAACCUAUGUAAUGUUUCAGGCCAUGUAGCGCGCAAUUGUCCAAAGGCAAGCCUGACAUCUGAAGUCCAUGGAGGUCCCUUACGCGACAUUAUAUGCCGCAUGUGUGGCCAGCCAGGUCACAUUGGACGGGACUGUGUUGGAAUCGUUAUCUGCGGCAACUGUGGAGGGCGUGGCCAUGUCGCUUUCGAGUGCCCAUCGGGAAGGAUAUUUGAUCGUGGAUUUCGGCGGUUUUGAUAGUUCAGCUUGCUUGAAGCUUGAGAAAUACUGUAUUGCGAAUGACCUCCCUGCUACUUGAUUGUGGAUUUAACAGAAUAUUGGAUAAUUACUAGUUGCCAUCUUUGUGCUUGAGCAGA